AUGUACAGGAGCUUCUUGACUCACGGCUUUGAGGCCGGUCCCCUGCCGGACGCCUCCGUCGGUGGCAUUAACGAAGUCCCUGACGAGGGAGGUGUUUUGGUCGGAGGCCAGCGCUCUGAGGAGCAGCUGAAGGGUCUCCCUCACGCAGCCCUCCACCGCGUCUCGACUGAAAGGCGUCUUCUGGGAGACGGCCGCGAAGUUCAGCUGGACCACCGGCAGCCGCGUGCGCAUUCGCUGAGGACCAAGUUGAUAUUUGCCAAGGAAGGUGAGAUGGUGGCCCUGAACUGCCCUCAGUACAAAGAGGGUCAUUCCCAAGUGGUGUGGACCGGUCACACCGGUCACACCGGUCAGCUGAUGAAUCUGACUGACACCGUGUCAGCACCAGCUGGACAGAGUCACCGGGAGGUGCUGAUCACGGGAGGGAGCCUCAUCAUCCUCCGAGCUUCAGUUAUUCAUCAGGGGAAUUACAGUUGCUCUCUUGGAAAUGCCAGCAGGAAGACCUGGUUCCGGCUGACUGUGUCCACAACUCAGUUCAAAGAGAAUAAAGGGAGGGGGGAGUAUCCCGCAACGUGUUACUCACAGGAGUCCUGCACAUUGUAUUGCCCUGAGGUGAAUGUCCCUCGGGUCAAUUCCUCCAUUCUCAGCAGCGCCGGGACUACAUGGCACAAGAAGGGCCAAAAAUCCCCAGCGGAAAGUCGCUUCAUGAAUGUGGAGGAGAAGGACAGUGGUGUUUACUUCUGUGUCCGCUCCUACCUGCACAGUGGGAAAAUAUACAACACAACCUACACCGUGAUCCUUGAUGUCAAACCAAAGAUACAAACUGGACAAUCUGUGAUUUCGUCACCCAAACAGAAUGAUGUCUUUUUUGUAGAUCUAGGCUCCACAGUGGUGAUUGGAUGCAAAGCGGUGUUGUACUCGAGCUUCGACGAUGUGUUCUGGCAAAGCGGGGCGUCGCCUAUUGGAACUGACAACCGACUUCCAGUUUACUACAACUACUCGAGGAUAAAACAGGAUGACAAAACAGAGAUGACGGCAUCUCUGGUCUUCAAAAAAGUGUCAAAGGAAGAUCUUGCAAAGAAUUACACCUGCAAACUGGAAUCCCACCACCAGCUUCCAACCUUCAGCACCAUCACUCUGACUCAGAGAGGUGUGUGUCCCUCAAAUGUUGAAGCAGGUGAAAUCGUGGUGCUCCGCUGCAGUCAGCGUCUUCACAACGGCACGUUGUGGAGAAUGGACACCAACCAGGGGAGGUAUGUUUUCAACCGAACGUCAGAGGCUGAGCAGAAGAAGAUGGGCGUGCUACUUCAUGGGAGCUGCCUUGUAAUCCCUCGUGCAUCCGUAGAUCACCAGGGUAAUUACACCUGUGAUGGGCUCAGCAAAGCCGACAGCAAGACCUGGAUACUGUCAGUGUACACAGCACAGUCUAAAGACAUGUUCACGUAUCCUCAUAACUGCACUAUACAGCAUUCAUGCCAGUUACAUUGUCCUGAAGUCAACAUCCCUGAUAAAGAUACCCCCAACAUCACAGAGAAAAGAUUUACAUGGACCAAGGAUGGUAAGCCAUCGCAAAGUUACUUCGAGAGUUGUGAAGAGAAGAACAGUGGCGUCUACACCUGCACCAGGCAGUUUUUGUAUAACGGUCAGAUCUACAACAGGACCUUCAGAGUCCCACUGGAGGUCAAACCAGAGGACCCUUCGACAUUUUCUACAAUCGGUUCACCCAAAGACGGUGAAGUAUUUCAGGUGGAAGUAGGCAAAACAGCGGUGAUUGAUUGCGACAUCACAACAAAGUCAUGUCCUGAGUCCCCGUUCUGGCUCAUUGGAAACUCACCCAUCAAAACCGAUGUCAGCAAUAGAGUUUUCUACAACUUCACGUGCAACAAGGACACAGGAAAGGCAAGGGCUUCCUUAGUUUUUAGGGAAGUGUUAGAGGAACAUCUGUCCAAAAAUUUCACCUGCAAAUUUCAAAGUUUUGAUCAACCGCCGAUCUUUGUCACUGUCUUCCUCACCAGGAAAGCCCUCCGUUCGUACAUUUCCUUGUUAAAGUGCACAGUCAGCAUCGUGGUGGUGAUGGCCGUGACAGCAACUAUCUACGUGAAGUUUAAAAUGGACAUUUCUCUGUUCUUCAGAGACUCUCUUGGCUGUCAAAGGUACACUUCAGAUGGAAAGAGCUACGACGCCUACUUGAUGUGUUAUCCGAGCGAUGCACAUGACCGACUGAAUAAAGACGAGAUCGAAUGGCUGGAGAAUACUUUGGAGGACCGGUUUGGUUACCGUCUCUGUCUCUACGACCGGGACGUCCUGCCAGGGGACGCUGCCUCGGAGGCUGUGCUGGACUGCGUGGGACGGAGCCGGGCGGUGGUCCUGGUUCCCGGCUCCCACGUUCCCGAACUGGGAUCGGGCCUGCUGAUCGCCAUCCACGCCGCCCUCGUGGAGAAGCAAACCCGGCUGGUUUUCGUCAAGACCGAGCAAACUGAAGCGUCAGGACCGGGCUCCUUAGCAGAGGCUUUACAAGUCCUCCGUGAGGCUGGACAGUGUGUCACCUGGAAGGGAAAGAAGUCCUCCUCCACCUUCUGGAAGCAGCUACGCUAUAACCUACCGGCACCACAACCUGCACACCAUAUGCACUGUUGACCACAGAUGGACCUGGACAUUAUCAGACUAUUCCAUCAAGUCUGGUCUUCGUAUAUAAUUUGAUACAGUUACACCAUACAUGGUGUUAAAUAUUAUAUAAAAAUAAUGCUAAAUAAUCCUGAACCAAGUCGUGAGCAUUGUUCUAGAAUGGCCCCUGAUAAUGUGCUACCAACUAUCCUGACCAGCUGUGAACAUCUGCAUUAUGCGGUAUGCUUAGCUGCAUUGUGAAAGUGUAACAAAUGCUUUUUUGUAUUACAUCAAUCAGCUCGUUAUAAGGUUUUUAGGUUGCUUAUUAGUUUUUGGACUAAACUGUCUAUUCUACGUUUCAUGGGUGUUGAACGUCAUAUUGUGCUACUAUUUAUACUGUUUUGUAUAGCAUACCAUUCAUACCAUUCAUUGUGUCGAAGUGAUUUCUUUAACUGUACUAUUUUGUUGCUAAUUUGUAUAUUUAAUCACUGAGAAUUAAGAGAAUUUCUGCCACUUUUUCCUCAUUGUGUUGAUUUUAGGCACUGUAAACUACAAGAAUGCUGAAGUUAAAGACUGCUUUUAAGUUAUCAGUUUUUUUACAGAGCACACCACGCUGCAGUUCCCC